AUGCGCAGGACCAUGUCGGGCGACAACGCCGACAUGGAGGUGGAGGCCACCGAGAAGGGCCGCGGUCAGUCGGAGCAGUUUGGAGUCAGCAUCAGUCAACGUGCCAUCUCCUUCGGACCUGAUGAGCGUGACUCGGCGCGACCUGGUCGAGUGAUGACCAGAGUUCGCCGUUCCAUCUCUCGCUCCCGAUCCCGUAGCCAGACUCGAAUAACCCGGUCCGCCUCCAACAAUGUCCCGAUUGAGUUCCAUCGCAUGAGCUUCCAAAUUGGCGAGUCCGAAGCCCGUGUGAAGUCUGACGAGGAUCUCAAGAAUGCUUCUGAGAAGAAGAAGGAGACCCCAGAGGAUGUCCUGUACUUUGAGAAUCUGGACUUCCACAAGCAGACCGUGGAUGAUCUUUGGAGUCUCCUGCAAAGCAACCCCCAGGGUCUUUCCGAUACCGAAUCGACUGAGCGUCUGGCCCGCAAUGGCAAGAACGUACUGCCCCACGUGAAGCCCAACUAUCUCUUCAAGGUCCUCAAAUACAUCUUCGGAGGCUUCUGUUCCGUCCUGUGGAUCGGUGUGAUCAUCUUCUUCAUCUGCUGGCGUCCUCUUGGUGACCCCGACCCGCAGGCCUACAACCUCGGUCUGGCUAUCCUCGUCUUGAUCGUCAUCUUUCUGCAGGCCGGUUUCUCGGCCUUUCAAGACUGGUCCACUGCUCGAACGAUGAAAGCCAUUCUGGACAUGGUCCCCACCGAAGCCACCGUCCUGCGGUCCGGCGAGCCCACCCGUAUCCCCUCCACUGACCUGGUCACCGGUGAUGUAGUCAAGCUCAGCAUGGGUAACAAAGUUCCCGCAGAUCUGCGUCUGAUUGCCACAUCUGGAGAUACUCGUUUUGAUCGGUCCAUGCUGACUGGAGAGGCGGAGGAGAUUGACGGUACCACCGACAUGACCGACAACAACUUCCUGGAGUCUCGCAAUGUGGCUCUGAUGGGUACAAUGGUCACCAACGGAAGUGCCAUGGGUAUCGUCGUAUUGACUGGCAAGCACAGCGUCAUGGGUCACAUCACGGUUUCAUCGACGGAUAUCAAGGAGGAGCCCACCCUCAUCCAAAAGGAAAUCACCCGUUUCGUCAAGAUCAUCGUCUGCUUGACCGUCUUCCUGGCCGCUUUGCUUCUUUUCUCCUGGGUCGGGUGGCUUCGUGUGAAGCACUUUGGAUUCAUGAAUGUGGUUGCCAUGCUAAACGAUGUCAUGGGCUGCGUGGUGGCCUUCAUCCCCGAAGGCAUGCCCGUGGGUGUGGCUCUCACCCUGAUGAAGAUCGCCUCACGAAUGAAGAAGAACAACAUCCUGCCCAAGGGACUUUCAACCGUGGAGACUUUGGGAUGCGUCAAUGUGAUCUGUUCCGACAAGACCGGCACUCUGACUGAAAACCGAAUGAGCGUGAUCACGACCACCUUUGCGGAUAAGACGUUCACUUCUCAGGAGUCAAUGACCGCCAUCCGCGAGCAACCAGCGGAGCCCCUCGUUCAUUUGCACCGAGCUGCUGCUCUUUGCAACGAUGCCGUCUUCGACCCCUCGACGAUUCAGAAACCGGUCAAUGAACGCAAGUUUCUCGGCAAUCCCACCGACGGUGCCGUUCUCCAGUUUGCUGAAGAGGUUCAUCCAGGAUACCUCCAAAGCACGAGCGAGUCAUACCAACGAGUCUUCAGCAUUCCUUUCAACUCCAAGAACAAGUGGAUGCUCACUCUCCACAAGACUCCCAUCACCGAGGGGAACCCUGAUGAGCACCUGCUUCUAAUGAAGGGCGCCUCUGAUAUUCUGAUGCCGCUCUGUACCUCGUACUGGUCUUUCGCUGACAACGCUGUUCGUCCUCUGACCUCGGAAGCAAUCAAUCAGCUUACCGCUGUUCAGGAGAGAAUGUCCCGGGCGGCACAGCGUGUGAUUCUCCUCUGUGAGCGGUCCUACACUCCCACUGAAACUCUUGGUACUGCUGCAUUCGGCGAGGAGGUCCAGGCCAAGGGUCUCGCUGAUCUCACCCUGGUUGGCAUGUUUGGUAUUAUUGACCCUCCCCGCAAAGAAGCUGCUGCCACGGUUGCCGCGUGCCGACGUGCCGGAGCUCGGUUCUUCAUGGUCACCGGCGACCUUGGUCUGACCGGCGCUGCCAUUGCCCGUGAAAUAGGUAUUUUCACCGGAACGGCGGAGCCCGACACCUUCGAGACCAUCAUGGCCCGUCGUGGAAUCAACAACAGCCGAUCUACCUUGGAUAGCAUGGGCCUUGAGCUCGGUUGGUCGCAGACCAGCCUGCUUCUCGAGGGUCCUUCCAUCAACAAGCUAAUCGACGAGGACUGGGAUGUCAUUUGUGGAUACCAGGAAAUUGUGUUUGGUCGAACCAUGCCAGACCAGAAGCUGCGCAUUGUCAACGAGCUUCGUGCGCGUGACAACGUUGUGGCUGUCACUGGUGAUGGUGUCAACGAUGCCCCUGCCCUUCGCGCCGCCGAUGUGGGUGUUGCGGUUGUUUCCGGAAGCGAUGUUGCGCUCGAAGCCGCGGAUCUGAUUUUGAUGGACAAGUUUGAUUCCAUCGUCGAGGCUAUCCGUCUCGGACGUUUGGUGUUCCAGAACCUUCAGAAGGUUAUUAGUUAUCUCCUCCCCGCAGGAUCCUGGUCAGAAAUCUGGCCUGUGCUCCUCAACGUCUUCUUUGGCGUGCCCUUGCCCCUGUCUUCCUUCCUGAUGAUCAUCAUCUGUGUGUUUACCGAUCUCCUGUGCUCGCUGUCCCUCAUCUGGGAAAAGGAAGAAUUCGAUCUCAUGACUCUGCCGCCACGAAACCACAAGAAGGAUCAUCUGAUCAAUCUGAAGGUGUACAUCCAGAGCUACCUUUUCAUGGGCGUCAUGCAGACUGUGUCGGCUCACUCCAUGUACUUCCUCUACUACUGGAAGUACGCUGGAAUCCCCGCCAGUGCCAUGUUCUUUGCCUUUGAAAAGUACAGCGACGGGUUCUAUGGCUACACGCAAGAUGAGCUGACCCACUUCAACACUGUCGGCCAGGGCGUGUACUUUGUGUGCCUGCUAAUCAUGCAAUGGGGCAACAUUCUCAGUGUGCGCAACAAGCGACUGUCCAUUCUGCAAGCUGACCCCAUCCGCAAGCAGCGGCGUAACGCCUGGCUGCUCGGAGGCAUGUUGCUCAGUCUAGGGAUCGGCAUCUUCGUCACUGAGCUCCCCGGCGUUCAGCACAUCUUCGGCACCGCCUCGGUUCCCAUUGAGUUCUGGCUCCUGCCGCUGCCGUUGGCUUUGGGUGUGCUGUGCAUGGAUGAGCUGCGCAAGCUGACCGUGCGUGUGUGGCCGAAGGGAAUCACGGCCCGCUUGGCGUGGUAG